AUGGACUGGAAUAAAAAUAUCAAUAAAAUACAUGAUAUGGAAGUGUUCGGCCUGGGGCCGCGGGCGGCGGUGCGUGGCGUGCGGCGUGCGGUGUGUGCGACGGCGACGGCGGCGGCGGCGGCGGCGCACGUGCACCGAGGCCGUGUGCAAAUCUAUUAUGUAUGGGUGUACGUACGUACGCCCCGCGUUAUCGCGCCUCGAUCUGCGAAGGCCGGCGCAGCCGACGCCGAGGAAGGAGCGCUGGAGCCGCGCGCCGGCUUUAAAAGUUCCUUCCGCUUAGAUUUGUCAAAGUGCCAUCUCCAGGUGUACUAUUUAAGCAUCAUCAUCACGAGCGAGCGAGUGCGCGCGUGUGACGUCAUCGAGGAGCUCUACAGCGUUCGGGGCUGGUGGGCACGGAGGGCCCCAAUUAACCCCGGCGGGCCGCAAUUAGGGCGGCGGGGCGUCCAUUGGACGCGGGGCGUUGCGUCGCCGCCGGUGCGUUACGCUACGCGGCGCAGUGCGCGCGGCUCGGAGCUCCGGCUUGCGGCUGCGAGCGAGCGGGCUUUAUGGGCCGAAUGCAUCGCCCUCGGC